ACCGAGCAGAGCCAACUGGGCACAGUCUUUGUGCCGAAGCUCGGCGAGGACGGGCUCGUUUCCAGCGUGACGAGCUCUGCUGAUUUUGCUGCUGCUGCUGCUGUGGAGAGUCGUCGGCCAGAAGGACAGGGAGACGGAAAGGUGACAUUCUGCUUCGUCAGUCGUGCUUUUGGUCCGGGAGAUUCCGCCAUGGACUUGGAUGGCGAAGUGCGGUUGUAAUUUGGAUCCAUGCUUUAGGAUUUUGGGCGACAUCGCUUCGGAGUCGGAACUUGUGGCAAUGGGGAUAGGGAACAAUGCGGGCGAGAUUGGUCUUUCGAGUUGGAGUUUAUGUGAGGACAGUUGUAGAUGAUUGGCCAAUGAGACUCGGAGUGGUGAGGCGGCUUGUCAGUUUGCGUUGAGUCUAGCGCAACUUUCUUUGCAAGUGGAGUUGGCGCAGAGCUUAUGACUGGUUCACAGAUGGAAUUUUGCUGUGCCAAAAUUUUGAGAACGAAUCUUGAUGGUAGCGGUUGGAAUUUAGCUGGGGAAAUUUACCCAAUUUUUUGCCCUUGUUAAUCGAACUAUUCGGCCUCUAUCGCUUCUGCAUUUGAUAAGUUGUCAUGCCGUCAAUCAAAUCAAGUGAAACAUAGCAGUUCACCUUGUCAUGCUCUUCGUCUCUCUCAAUUUCGAUCAGUCUCGAUGUCGGAUUAGCAAGGAAGAUGAUGAAUAUGCAAUUAGAGCUACAGACGGGUCAAGUUUCAAGCGUCCUCAAGUCGUUCUGGAUCCUAAGCCCUUCGUUCUUCUCUCAAGGAUGACGUCACAAGAAGACACAGUAAGCAGGGACCAAGGGAACACAAUAGCACACUUCGAAAUUGCAGUUGCUCUAGUAUUGUGUACACUCAAGUCUUCAAGGCAUACUGACCGAAUGGCUUCGAAUGCCGUUCUUAAGUGAGGAGGAGAUGAUAGCUCCGGGCAACAUGGGGGCGCUCGGUUCGAACGAUGCUGUUAAUCUGCUGUUCACGUGGAUGAUGGGCUCGAGGAGUUUGAAUUGCAGGAAGAGCGACGCCGUUGGAGGCUGGCAUGCAGUGACAGCGUCGAGGUGUGGACUAGGUUUAUUUGGAAGCGGUGCUCAUUUACAGCUUCGGAACUUUCUGUCAAAAAGUUUAAACCAUUCUCGUUCUCUCCAUUCUCCGGAGCAGCCAUGGAAGCAUUCGCCGUCUAGGAUCGGAGCGCGGGGAUUACCUUAUCAGAUGAGUCUAGGCAUUUUGUCGUCAAAUCUUUGGAGCUCUUGGUAUAUGGGUCCGCAAGGGCAGAACUUAAGCGACAACAGGAGUCAAAUCAGAUUGGCGGCAUUCGGAGGUGUUUCUGCUGAUGGUUCGCCAUCACCUACGGACGAUAAAAGUCAGUUCCCUCGACGGAAUCUUACUAACUUUCUGUUGGGACUGAACAUUUUAGUUUUCAUCGCGCAAGCAGCCACACAGGGAAAACUGCUCUUGGCAGGUGCUAAGGUAAAUAGCUUAAUCGAUAAAGGCCAAUUCUGGAGAUUACUCACCCCUGCGGUUCUUCAUGCGAACGUUUUCCAUCUUCUUGUCAACUCGUAUUCACUGAACUCCGUUGGACCAUCUGUGGAGGCUAUAGCAGGACCGAAGAGAUUUGUUGCAGUCUACACAAUAUCUGCACUAACAAGUACAACCUUAAGCUACUGCCUCUGCAAAUCUCCUUCCGUCGGUGCUUCAGGUGCUAUUUUUGGUCUUGUUGGUGCCCUCGCUGUAUUCCUGUUACGGCAUAAGAAUAUGAUGGUUGGAGGACAGCGAAGUUUCAAGCAAGUCGGCCGUAUCAUUGUACUCAACAUGGUUUUAGGUCUAAGCAGCGCUGGAAUAGACAACUGGAGCCACUUCGGCGGUCUACUUGGAGGUGCUGCUGUAACAUGGCUGCUGGGUCCUGUCUAUUCAUUCGAAACCCCACCAGGUGGAGGAAAGAGGCAGCUUGUGGACCGGCCACCCAUUUCUUAUCUGAUCUCUGCGCGUUCCACAAGCAACCGAUAAGAGAACAGCUUUUGGUUUAUGUCCGCAGCAAUGUUCUUGUCCAAGGUAAUAGAGGUUGUAAAAAGUGUGUUCAAGAGGUUGUAAAUGCGUGUGAGCAUAAAGUGUUCAAAAAGUCUCCCGAUCAUUACGCUCGAUGGAGGUCCAAGCCAUCGAAUCUUCUCGAAUUUGUAUAUUUACUCUGUAGGGUACAAAGGAUGAUGAAGCGGGGCCCUAUUCGUCAUAUAGAAGCAAUAAAAGGUCAUGUUGGCAAUUCUUUGCCUCAGAAUGCUUUUCGAGAGCAUGGCAGUCUCUACUGAGAAG